AUGAGCACUUCCCUCUUGAAUGAGCUGGACGGUGGUGUCUGCAACGGCCUAAGCUACGCUGAGAUUCAGAGCGACUACCCCGACCUGUGGGCCGCCAGAGAGCGAGAUAAGCUCAACUUCCGGUACCCCAAUGGUGAGUCGUACAAGGACGUCAUCGGACGCCUACGGCCCAUCAUUAUCGAGCUUGAGCGUCAACGCCGUUCUAUUUUGGUCAUCUCCCACUUGGCCGUGCAGAGGUGUUUAUAUGCCUACUUCACUGGCACACCCAUGGAGGACAUACCAUUCCUGGAGAUGGACAUGCACAGUGUGGCCGAAUUACGCCCUGGUGCUUUCGACUGCGAGGUGAGGAAAGU